GAGAGCGGCAGCGGCGUGUCCUGGAACGAGAGCCAGCACUGCCGGCUGCUGGUGCCGGAGCAGCUCCAGCUGUGCCGCCGGAACCUGGAGGUGAUGCCCAGCAUCGUGCGGGCCGCCCGCCACACGCAGGCCCUGUGCCAGCAGAGCUUUGCAGACAUGAGGUGGAACUGCUCCUCCAUCCAGCGAGCCCCCAGGUUUGGCCCUGACCUGCUGAAAGGGACCCGGGAAGCCGCCUUUGUGUACGCCCUGGCUGCUGCCACCAUCGCCCACGGCAUCGCCCGGGCCUGCGCCUCGGGAGAGCUCCCGCUCUGCUCCUGCGGCUCCGGCCCCCCCGGGGACCCCGGCCCGGGGGGCAGGUGGGGGGGCUGCGGGGACAACCUCAGCUACGGCCUCCAGCUCGGGGCCGCCUUCGCCGACAGCUCCUCCAGGUCCGGCAAGCUGGGGACACACGGGAGGAAAGCCAUGAACCUGCACAACAGCGCCGUGGGCAGGACGGUGCUGAGUGACUCCCUGGAUACCAAGUGUAAAUGCCACGGUGUUUCGGGCUCCUGUUCAGUGAAGACCUGCUGGAAGGGACUGUCAAGCCUGGAUGAAAUUGCCUCUGACCUCAAGUCCAAGUACCUGGCAGCCAUCAAGGUGUCCCACCGGCUCGUAGGGCCCAGGAAGCAGCUGAUAGCCAAGGAUAUGGAUGCCAGGCCAGUGACAGAGACAGAUCUGGUUUAUCUCAUCAACUCUCCUGACUACUGCACCCCAAAUCUCCAGCUGGGGUCUCUGGGGACACAGGACAGGCAGUGCAACAAGAGCUCGGUGGGCAGUGCCAGCUGUGCCCUGCUGUGCUGUGGCCGUGGGUACAACACGUACACGGAGGAGGUGGAGGAGCGGUGCCACUGCCGCUACCGCUGGUGCUGCUCCGUCGUGUGCAGGAGCUGCCGGCGCAGGGUGGAGAGACACGUCUGCAAAUAACAGCCCAGGGCUCUGCUGGUGCCCUCCAGGAACAGCUGGAGACCGGACACCCAUCCCAGGGGGUGCUCCGAGCGAGGAGGGGGCUGUGCAGGAAGCCUGGCCUCACACUGCCGUGGAAAACCUCACCCUGAGAGAUUCUGGGAAGCCUCCGGUCCCUUCCAACCCAAACCUGAGGGCAGGACAAAGGGCUGCCCUCCUGCAGCUGGGCAGUGUCCAGCCCUGCCUCCAGCUGGGACCAGCCAUUGAUCACUCCACAGGAACAGCUCCUCUCUCCAGUGUGAAUGGGGACCCUGGGCUUCCAUUGUCCCUUUGCAGGAGGUUCUGACAGCCAGGAGUGAUGGAUGGGAAGGGGGCAGAGUUAUCCAUUGGGAGAAGGCUGGAGGGACAGAAAGCUGCUUCGGGUCAGGGGAUCAUGGGCAGCUCCUCUGGGGACAAUUCUGCCAUGGGUUCACCCAACACCACUGGAUGUUCCUCCUCUGGAGCAAACACUGGUCCAGGGCCACUUGCAGCAUCGGAAUAAAGACCAGGCUUGGACACAGAUAGAACCAGUCAUUGCUCCAGGAGCCAGGACUCAUCAAUCCUCCCCAGGACCUGCAUAGACAUGGCUGCUGCUCUCAUUGGUGGCAGACAGACCAGGGACGGGAGAGGUCCUGGAGGCUGCUAAAACAGGGCAAAACUGCUCCUGCCAGCUGUGGGUUACCAACACUGCCAUGGCACCACUGGAGCUUCUGCCCUCUGGGCUCCUCUUGGAGGUGGAAGCCCACUCAAUGCAUGGAAUCCUCAUGGCUUGUCCUUCCUGCCAUUUCUCUUGGACCACUGAGGUCUUUAGCCCACUCUUUCCACUCCCUCAGGACCAGGUGUGCUGGAAGUCUGGCCUGGAGAGGGGACAUGACUCUGGGGCCCUGGGGAAGCAAGAAUGAAUCUUUAGUCUCUGUACUUCCUGUAAGUGGGAUUCUGGUGUGUGUUUUUUAAAUAAAUGUAUUCUAUCCUAACUCUCUAUGGCUUGUUUUGUAGGACAACCUCCUUCCUCCAUCUCUCUCUCAGCUGGCCCAGAGAAAGUGAGGGUGUAAGGAGGGCACAAAGCCCUGUGUCCAUACAGCCCUGUGUCCUUACUUUUCCUUACAUGGAUCUGAGGACCAGUUCACUUCUAAUUCUUUCUGCUGCUCACUGCCCCAGAUUUGUCUGUAAUUACAGGUACCUGCCAGUCUCAGCUCCUGCUCACACAUGGAAGGUUUUAUCACCAGCCAGCAAAGAAUCUGCCUUCCUGGGAUUCAGGGCUGGUGGUUGGAAACCGAGGCAGUCCAGGAUUGUUUUCUGAUCCUUGGGAAUAUGAGCUGGACUAGCCAAGUGUGUGUGUGAACAGUGAGGAGUUGGGGCUCUGGUGGCCCCCAUUUCCUCAGUGAGGAAUCUGGCCAAGCGCUUGGAUGGGAUAAGAGAUUCCUGUUCGUGCAGCCCUUGGAGAGAAAGGAUGAGUCCAAAUACACAGGUGCUGCGGAGACCCCACAGGUAAAUGGGCUGGGAAUCCUCGGGUGAUUUCCCGCAGCUCACACCAGGACCUGGUGUGCUCCUGCUUUAUUUGUCAUUCCCACUGAAUGGAGUUGGCAGCGCUCAGCCCGAGUCCAGCUGGACG